AUGUCAUUGACGAUAGCAUCUAAAACAGCCAUUGAUGAUGAAAUUCAACAUCUCAAUCACAAUACAACCACUUCAAGAGGAAAACAAUUGAAGAUGAUAACCCCGUCACGGUUCAACCUUCCCGAUGAUUGGCUGGUUCAGCAAAGACGCCGUAUCUCUAACCCCGACCACAUUGACAAGUAUUACAUAGAGCCAGGCUCUGGACAGAAGUUCCGUUCUUUGAUAUCUGUUCGGAGAUAUUUAGACGGAGAAACAAGAGACUAUCUUCCUACUGAAAGAAUGAUAACAGAAAACAAAAACACUCUAUUUCUCGACAAUAAGCCAAAUAGUGGCAAGCUUCCAGAUGAUUGGGUGGUUAACCAAGUUCGCCGUAUCUCUAACCCCAACCACAUUGACAGGUAUUACAUAGAGCCACACACUGGACAGAAGUUCCGUUCUUUGAUAUCUGUUAAGAGAUAUCUAAAUGAAGAAACAAGAGACUAUCUUCCUACUGAAAGAAUGAUAUUAGAAAACAAAAACACUACUGGCAUCAAGUCUAGGACUAAACAAAAGUUUCGUCCUGCAAGAGAUUAUGAGGGAUAUUCAAUCGGAGAAAAUGCAUUUAGAGCUACACCCAAGAAUUUCGAAAGAACUCAUUAUUGGAAGAAAAUCAAAACGGGGAAAGAUGACAUAACAAGACCACCAAUAAAAGUAAGAUGGGUUUUGUCCAGUCCUGGUGGAUUCUGGAACCCUUUCCUUAAUGGUUCUACUGUACCAGCAUCUGAAAAUGAAAAGACGAAAUGGUCCGAAGAAUUUUCAAUAUCUAUCAAUGAAGAGGUUACUAAUGGAUACUAG